AAUCAUUAGGUUUGGAGGCAGACAAGCAAGCUGAGAGUAGCGUAGAGCCUGUCACUAAUACGACAGCAAAUCUCUCAAACCCAAUUACAAAAUCAAAUGAUACUGCCGGUAGUGCUGCUGGCACGCCUGACAUCGAUACGGCAAUGCCAGGUGGCUUUGUCGGCGGAAUAGCUUCAGCUGGUACUGGCGUUUCUCUCAAAGACACUUCAAAUCAGGCUAAAGACGCAGCUACAAGAGCUUACGAAGCAGCCGCCACGAAGGUUGGAGACUAUACAGAUGGCUUUUCCAAAUCAGCCAACGACUCCGCUCCGAACAAUCUACACGAGAUCGCAGAGAAGCUUAAAGUUGACGAAAAGGAUCCUUCAAAUGUCGUUAAAAACUUGGCAGAUUCCACUAAACCUGGUGUUGCAGGAGAGUAUGGUCAUAAAGCAGCUGCAGCCGUUGCAGGUGUAGCUGGUGCUGCUGGUAUCACCGGUGCGGCUGCCGCUGGCGUCGCGGCAUCUAAGAAAGGAGAAUGGAAGCCAAAGAAUUAUGGUGACCAUGUUCUCUCAAAUCCAAUGGAUUUCCCAGCUGGCACAUUCCCAACACUCGAAACAUUAGCUAAAGACCCAGAAUCCAUUCCAUAUAUCCCAGGCGUAUCAAAGGAACGCGUCGAAAAGGCAUCUCAAGAGAAAAAGGAUGAUCUGAAUAAACAAGAAGAGUCAAAUAAAGCAACUAAAGCACUGGCUGGUGUAACUGCAGGUGUUGGCGGUGCUGGUGCAACUUCAGCUGUUAUCGCCGACAAAUAUACUCCAAAAACCGACAAAGUUGCUGAGAACACAGAAAGCAGUACAACUGACAACACACAGACUAUUGCAACUAAUAAAACAGCUCAUGGGGUGUCACCACCGGAUUCUUCCGCUAACAUAGUCAAGAACUCACAAGACCCCAAAGUGACACCAAAGAGAAGCUUCAGUCAACGAUUCAAGGGUGAUAUGAAGAUAUUAUUUGGAAAACUAUCGAAGAAUGACACAAAAAUAUCUGAAGGCAGAGAACUCAAAAGUGGUAAAUGAAUUGAAGAUAAUAUUUAAACUUAUAAUUUUAAUUCCUUAAUGUAAUAUUAAACCAACCUGCGAUUUGACAAUGAUCAC